AAACACCAAGUGGCAGCGAAAAAAGAGGGACACUACCGUUUCCUAGCAGGCAUACCCAGUGGAGGAGCAGUGGAUCAGGAGGAUGUCGGAGCAGCAGAGCGCCCCAGAGCAGCUAGCUGCUGGGAAGAGCCAGGGUGGAGCUGGAGCCACAUAUAAGGUGGUGCUGUUUGAGUUUGAAAAUUUCCAGGGCUGCAAGGCAGAGUUUUCUGCAGAGUGUAAAGAUGUGACAGAGAAGGGACUGCAGAAGGUUGGCUCUGUAAUUGUUGAGUCAGGACCCUGGGUGGGUUAUGAUCGGCAUGGGUUCACAGGGGAGCAGUUUAUUCUGGAGAAAGGAGAGUAUCCACGCUGGGACACCUGGACCAACAGUCAGAACAGCUACUCCCUUUUGUCUCUAAGGCCACUGAAAGUGGACGGUGCUGAACACAAGCUACACCUGUAUGAGAAUCCUGGUUUUGCUGGCAGAAAGAUGGAGAUUGUUGACGAUGAUGUGCCCAGUUUGUGGGGCCAUGGUUUUCAGGACCGUGUAGCCAGUGUCAAGGCUCUUAAUGGAACAUGGGUUGGCUACAUGUACCCAGGCUACAGGGGUCGCCAGUUUAUCUUUGAGCGAGGAGAUUUCAAGCAUUGGAAUGACUGGGAGGCCCCUGCUCCCCAGAUCCAGUCUGUACGACGUGUGCGGGACAUGCAGUGGCACAAGAGGGGCUGCUUCAUCGUUCCCGACCCAGCUCCAGCUCCCGGCCCCGGCCCCGGCCCUGACCCCGACCCUGCCCCAGCACCUCCUGCCCCUCCUGCUACAGCUGGAGCCAGCUGAGCAGGAUCCUCACCUGUCUCCCAAACCCCUCCCACAUCCUCCCCCACGCUGCCGACAGUGCCUGCCCUCUGCCUUAACCUAACCAUGGCAAACGCUGCUUGUGCUCAGUGAG